AAGCAUUAUUCGAUUCACAUAUAUUUGCAUUUCUUUUAAGGCAUUACACUUAAAUUGAAGUAUACAGCGCAGCUCUAAUCAUUAUUGAAAUCGAACUUGGAUUAAAUUGUCUGAAAUGCGUAAAGUUCUGCAUUUUCUAGGUACACUGCGGAGACUGCGGCCACAUCCCAGCCCUGAAGCCUCAGCCAACAACAAACAAAAUGGUGGACAAACUUGUAGUGACGCUAACGCUAACAUGACAGCUGUUGCAGGAAGCAGCACUGCUGGUUCAGGCCAUAUCUGGGAGAAUCUGAGGCAUGUGCUGCUUUUGUGCGGGGGAUACCUGGAGCCGCAGGCAUCCACGGUGAAAUAUGAAAAUAAGGAAGUCUUGGUGGAUGUGCUGGAGGCGCAGCGUUUCGUGCAUGACGUGUUUGCGACCUUGGGCGUGCCAAAUGAGGCGGCUAGCGAAAUGUCGGAUGCUCUUAUUGCUGCUGACUAUAUGGGCAAGAGGAGCUUGGGUAUUCAUAGUCUGCCUGCCAUUACAGUCGAUUUGCUCAACCUUACGAUAGACCCAAGCAAGCAGCCAAAGGUGCAGAGUGAGCGCGAUGCAGUGGCUUUAGUGGACGGGCAGAAUGCGCCCGGCCCGGUGGUGGCCAACUUCUGUAUUAAUUUGGCCAUAGAUAAGGCGCGGAAGCAGGGUAUAGGCUAUGUGGCAGCACACCGCUCAAACGCUAUUGGGUUGGAAUCGUGGUACGCCUGCCAGGCGCUGACCCAUCGCAUGAUCGGCAUCUGCAUGUCGAACGGACCAGCCGUCCUGGUGCCGAGCGGCGGAAUUGAGCCGUUGCUUGGUCGUAACUCAAUUGCCUGUUCAGUGGGCAGCACAAGCGAUCAAUUCAUCAUGGAAGUGGGCAUGCCGGCCUAUCCCAUUGAGCAACUGGCGCUGGAGUACUCCAAUGGAUAUUUGCGUCACAUACCCAACAAUGUGGCACUUGAUUCCCAUGGCAUGCCAACCAACUGUGCCGCAGAAGCGUUGCGUGCUCAGCGUCUGCGGCCCUUUACGCCCGAGCAUAAGGGCUUCGGAUUGGCUGCCAUGGUCGACAUACUGUGUGGGGUCAUGACAGGGGCCCGAUACGCAACGCAAUUGAGACGGCGCGGACUCUUUAGUUCGGACACCGAAUCGAGUGAUCUGGGCCAGGUCUACAUAGCGAUUGAUCCAAUGCGCUUUUCUGUGUCCUUCGAGGAUAGGCUCGCUGAUUUUCAUCAGCUGCUGCGCAAUAUCAUAUCGAGCGAUCCUACACAGCCGUUCUGGUUGCCAGGCAAUAAAGAAUUGCAGCAUAUGAGACUUGUUGAUAAUCAAGGUGGCCUGGCAUUAUUGCCUUGCACACUCUCCAUCCUGCAGGAACUAAGCGAUUAUUUUAAAAUAGAGCCACUCAGAUUCAACCCGAUAACUAAAUAAAUUUUCCAAGUCUGCAGAAAGCUUGAGAAAUAAUAUCAAAUCACUGCAGAAAAAUACUAAAUUACCCUGUUUAGCUCUAACGGACCAUUUUUUAAUUAUAUAAUUUAACUAUACA